GAGGCUGGAGCCCGGGACCGGUGCCGCGCGGGGAAUGCUGGCUAAGUGUCAGUGGACCGCCACCUCUCCCUAAAGGUCCAGGUCUGCCCUGAGUGAUGUGUGGACUUGCUCCUGGGAUAAGCCGGACUGUGCCACUAGGCAGCUCUUCCCAGCAGAGAAGAUGACUCAGAGCCAUGUGGGAAUCAACAGUGACUAUGGUGACUGGAACUGGAGUGCAGAUGCUGGUGAACGGGCCAGGCUUUUGCAGAGCCCCAGCAUGGAGCUGGGGCCCAAGGGCCGAGAGGAGCACAAGGCCACCACAACCUCGAUGCUGGGGGCAGUCUUCAUUGUUGUGAACGCCGCCCUUGGUGCAGGCCUGCUCAACUUCCCAGCAGCCUUCCGGAUGGCCGGUGGAGUGGCAGCAGGAAUCGCCAUGCAGAUGGGCUUGCUGCUCUUCAUUAUUGGUGGACUGGUCAUCCUGGCCUACUGCUCCCAAGCCAGUAAUGAACGCACAUACCAGGAAGUGGUGUGGGCCGUUUGUGGCCGAGUCCUGGGUGUGUUGUGUGAGGUGGCCAUCGUGGUCUAUACUUUUGGCACCUGCAUUGCCUUCCUCAUUAUCAUUGGGGAUCAGCAGGACAAGAUAAUUCCCGUGUUGGUGAAGAACUGCACCAGAGAAGGGAAGAGCUGCUGGUACACAGAUCGCAAAUGCACCAUCAGCAUCACAGCCUUCCUGCUCAUCCUUCCUCUCUCCAUUCCCAAAGAAAUUAGCUUCCAGAAAUACGCCAGCUCCUUAAGUGUGAUUGGGACAUGGUACGUCACGAUCGUCAUCAUCAUAAAGUACUUUUGGCCUGAUCAGGUCAUCUCCCCAGAGGAAGUCCCAACCAGCCCUUCUUCUUGGGUGUCCGUCUUCAACGCCAUGCCCACCAUUUGCUUUGGCUUCCAGUGCCACGUCAGCAGCGUGCCCAUCUUCAACAGCAUGAAGUGCCCUCAGGUAAGGUCCUGGGGAAUCGUCGUGACAGCAGCCAUGGUCAUUGCCCUCUUUGUCUACACAGGCACAGGGGUCUGUGGUUUCCUGACCUUUGGCGAGAGCGUGAAGCAGGACGUGCUGCUCUCCUACCCUUCGGAUGACAUUCCAGUGGCCAUCGCACGGGCCUUCAUCAUUCUCUCUGUCCUGACUUCUUACCCGAUCCUGCACUUCUGUGGCAGAGCCGUCCUGGAAGGCCUGUGGUUGCGCUACAAAGGGGAAGCACUGGAAGAAGACACAGUUCAGGAACGACGGCGAAGCCUGUUGCAGACAAUCUGCUGGUUCCUCCUCACCCUUCUCCUGGCCUUGUUCAUUCCGGACAUCGGCAGAGUCAUCUCCGUCAUCGGAGGGCUGGCUGCCUGCUUCAUCUUUGUCUUCCCAGGACUCUGCCUCCUCCAUACCAAGCUUUCCGAAGUUCAGGGAGCUGGACAAGUGGGCUGGUGGAUGGCGGUUAGCUAUGGAGUAUUCAUGGUGGUCCUUGGCACAUUCAUCUUUGGACAGACAACUGCUAAUGCCAUCUCCGUGGAUCUCAGGAAGUGAUCCGUCAACUCUACCUCAUUGGAUCUAUACUGUCCCCUGUGGAAUUUAGUUAGUCAAAAUGGAGACAUUGCCCCAAUUUUGGAGAUACCUUAGCAUUGACAAAACACAAGCAUCCUUUUGUUCUUCUGGUCAACUUUCACUUCUCUGGUUUCUGGUUGCAUUUCGGAGCAGGACUUUUGGCCUUGCUUCAGUGCACCCUCAUGAAAGAUAACCCAAGAACUUCAGCAAAUGAGGACGUCUCUUUGUUUCGCCAAGAAGCUCAGCUUUUCUGUUUGGAUCAGGGAUGGAAUAAAGUGAAUGUAUUUGAUUGUCACACCAUUGGGGAAGACUAGGCAAAAUCAUUGUGACUUGAAGUACUUAAAGGAAUUGGUGCUUAUGAAUCAGCAUGUGGAAAGCACACUGUCCAGUUUUAGCUGAGAAAGGGCCCUCUUACCUUGUUUGUGUGAAGCUGCUUUUGCUUUUUGUAUCUGAAACUGAAUCUUGCAAAAAAUCCUUGACUAGAAAUGCAUACUUUCCCUGUCCAGUGAUUUUGAAUUUAUUUGAGAGGAGUUC